AUGAAUGUACAAAGACUUGAUCGUAUUCUUCCUCCAAUUAUUUCAAUUUUAUUAACACAACAAGACGAUAGAAAUAAACAAUUAUAUGGAUUUGAAAUUAAUGAUACACUAUUAUUUUCAUUAUUAAACAUUAUUGAUACAAUGUUUGCAUCUUCUAAUCCUAAAUUUAUUGAAACAUUAAAAUUACUUCAAAUACCAAUGUUUCUUAAUGAAAAAUAUAAAAAAAUUGAAUAUUCAUUUGAUAAAAUGUCAGAACCAUCAAAUAUUCUUGAAUUAAUAUUUUGUGUUAUUAUGUUAUAUAUGAAAGGAAAUAAAAAAUUAAUUAAUACUUCUGAUAAAACACAGCUAUUUCAUUAUCAAUCUCUUGCAACAGAUAUUUUAAUUAAUAUUUUUACUUCUUAUCAAGAAAAUGAAAUAAUAAAAGAAAUCAGUAUUUCUACUCAAUAUACUAUACUACUUUCAUUUGCUGAGUCAAUUACUCAUGCUCCUAAAUUACAAUUACAUUUACUUUCUUUAGUAAAAUUAUUAGUUAGACUUUCUGAUAUAACUCAACCUGAACAAAGUAUUACUAGAUUUUCUUUAUUUCUUCAAACAAUUAUUAGUGGAAUUUGUCAAGAAAAACAUAUGUAUCGUUCUCAUUUUCUUAGAAUGAUUGAAGAAAGUAUUGAUUUUAUUCCAACAACAGAAUAUAAGACUUCUGUAGUAUUACUUAUACAAGCUAUUUCUAAUGUAAUUUCACAAAAUACAUUACCAAGAUCUAUUUGUUUAAAUACUUUAUCAGAAGAAAUUAAUCCAGUACUUGACAUUUUAAAAAAAUUAUAUGAACAUUCACUAAAACUCUUUCCUUAUAAAUCUCAAUUUGAAGAUAAUUCAAACCAACAAACACAACAAGUAAGUGCUGGACAACAAAUUGGAAAUGCUGUAUUAUUUAUUCCAAUGCUUGUUGUAUCUGUUUUUUCUGAUGUAAAAGGUAAUAAAGAAAAAAGAAAUAAUGAACCACAUUUUCUCACUUCAACAUUAAGAAGAACUAUUCAAUCAAUAUUUGAAUUAGUCAGUGUAACUGAAAAUCCUAAUAACUCAUUUGUCUUACAAAGUAAUUGUGUUUCAGUAUUGGAAAUGUUAUUUAUUUCAUUCCCACUUGAUUUUAUUGGAGAAUAUUUAUUAAUGUUUAAUUCAUUCCCUGAUAAACAUUCAUUUAUAUUCAGAUCAUUUAAACAAGAAUUUAUAGUUAAAAUGUUAUGGUCAUUAUUAGUUAUUAGUGAAGCUGGAUUAUAUGAAGAUGUAGCUCCACAAAAAAUAUUUGAUUUUGUUCAAUUUAUUAUAACAAAAGUUAUAACUCCAACUGAAUUAUAUAGAACACAAAUGUAUAUUCAGUCAUUAAUUAAUCAUCAUAUGGUAAAUGAUGAAAUGGUCUUUGUUAUUAUACAUACUAUUAAAUUAUUCCUUGAUGUUAUUAAUCAACUUGAUAUUAAAAACCAAAAUAAAUUAGGAAAUGGAUGGGAGGAAAUUAUUAAUUCAAUAUUAAAUAAGUAUAUGGCAAUUGUUCAACGUUGGAAAGAAGGAGGUCAACCUAUUAAAUUAAGAAAUAGACAAAAAAGUCUUUCAUCAAAUACAUCAACAUCUUCUAGUUUAGGAGUUACUAUUGCAUCAAGUUAUGAUAGUAAAGAUUCAUCAAAAAAUAUAACAGAAGAUAAUCCAUUAUCUAUAAUAAAUAAUUCUUUAUACAUUUCUUCAGAUUUAUUAAAUAUUGUUAUUGAUGAUAUUAUUCCAAUUAUAACAAUGGCAUUUGAUGAAAAUUCAAUAGGAAAUAUUAUUGAUUUAGGCAAACAAUUUGAACAUAAUUUAACACAACCUUGUAGUGAUAUGGGAAUUAAUGUCUCAUCUUUAAAUAUUUUAAAUGAAUUAGCAAAAAGAAAUCAAUUAAAUAAUAAAUGGAAUAAAAUUAUAUUUAAUGUAUUUAAUAAUGAUGAAUUCUUUAAUAAAUCAAGUAAUCUUUUAACACUAUGGAAAGCACCAAUUUAUUCAGUAUUUUCUAGUAAUAAUGCUAAAUUAUUAUUUGACUUUAUUUCAAGUAUUAACAAAGGAAUAUUAGGACAAGGACUUCUUGUUAAUAAAGAAAAUGAAUCAAUUUUAAGAGCAAAAAUAUUUAAAAGAAUUGCAUUUGUAAUUUAUUGUGGAGAAAAAGAAGUAUUUGAUAAUUUUAUGGAUCAAAACCAAUCAUUAAUUGAAAAUAUAUUAGAUAGACUGAUUGAUUCAAUUAAACAAUAUCCAUCAGAAAUAUUAUAUAGUUGUGGAUUUUUAUUAUUAAGAGUCAUGUUACUUAAAUGUUCUUUUAAUAAAUUAAAGAAAAAAAUGCCAACCAUAUUAAAUGAAUUAAUAACUAUAUUUAAUUUACCGUUUGAUAAAGGGUCUAUGAUUAUUUUAAGUGGAUUACAAUUAUUUGAUAUGUUACAACUUAUACCUGACUGUUCAAUAGACCUUCAUUCUUGGAUUUUCCUUCCAUUAUUUAUCCCUGAUGAAUCAUUUGAUAAUUCUAAAUAUCAACCAUUAAUCCCUACUCUUAUAUUACCAAGCGAUGAUACUGAACCAUGUGUCAAUAAACCAAAUAUAUCAUAUGAAGGUUUAACUCAAUCAAGAGAACUUAUUAUUAAAGAAAAGAAAUUAAUUGAUAUGCAACAAUACCAACUCUUAAGAACAAAAUUAAAUUAUUAUUCACAAGAUCUUUUCUAUAUGACUUCUCGUUCUGAUGAAAUAGAUAUUAAUUCAACAAUUAGAGUUUUGUUAGAUAACUUUAGUGAACAGCAAUAA